AGACUUCGACCUUUGCCAUAGCUAGUGUAGGAGCCGGGAAGACCGGGAGCAAGGCAAAAGCAGCAGCUUUGCAUGUUGUAAUAUCUGCCUGUUCUCCCUUGGAGAGGCUGCCACCUGCAGGCCAUCUGGGUCCAGCCAUGUGGCUCCCUCUGCUGCUGGGUGCCCUGCUCUGGACAGCACUGUGGUUGCUCAGAGAUUGGCAAAGGCUGCCUGCCAGCAGUCCCUUCGUCUUUGUCACCGGCUGUGACUCAGGCUUUGGACGCCUUCUGGCACUGCAGCUGGACCAGAGGGGCUUUCGAGUCCUGGCCAGCUGCCUGACCCCAUCUGGGGCCAAGGAACUACAGCAGAUGGCCUCCUCUCGCCUCCACACCACCCUGCUGGAUGUCACUGAUCCCCAGAGUGUCCAUCAGGCAGCCCAGUGGGUGGAGACACACGUUCAGGGAGCAGGGCUUUUUGGUUUGGUGAAUAAUGCUGGUGUGGCGGGCAUCAUCGGACCCACACCCUGGCUGACAUGGGAAGACUUCCACCAGGUGCUGAAUGUGAACACGCUGGGUCCCAUCAGGGUCACCCUUGCCCUGCUGCCCCUGCUACAGCAGGCCCAGGGCCGAGUGGUCAACAUCACCAGUGUCCUGGGUCGCCUUGCGGCCAAUGGUGGGGGCUACUGUGUCUCCAAGUUCGGCCUGGAGGCCUUCUCGGACAGUCUGAGUAAUGUUGAAAAUUCCAUGACAGCAGGGAGUCUUGAUGAGGACAAGAGGGCAAUGGCAGGACCUGAAUUUGGAGAAGCCCAAGUUGUCCAAAUUGAGCCCGACCUUCUAAGGUGCACUCUACGUCACUCAGCAGAUAAUUUCAGCGUCUCCUCUUGUCCUAUUCCUCAGUCUCUCGUUUCCCCAGUGGCACCAUGGAGCACAUACUUCAUACUCAGAUCUCUACACCUGAGCCAGAGCAGUAGCAUGUAUCCCCACUGUCCCCGUAAGAUCCCCCUCUCCAGCUAAUGCCACUCCAGACCCUUCAUGCCCAGCACUCAGGACUGAUAAAUGGGGCUAGUCAAGAAUCGGAGGGCCAGGCAUUUAGAUCAGUGGCAUCAUGCCUGCCUGGCAAAUGCAAGGUCCUGAGUUUGAUCCACCAUACCAAAAAAAAAAAAGAAUAUUCAAACAUUGGACUAAGGAGUUUGUUCAGUGGCGUCACCACCUGGCUCACAAGUUUGAGGUCCAGAGUUUGAUCCCCAGUACCAAAAAAAAAUUUUUUUUUAC